GAUCUCCAGGGCAAAUUGGCAGACGCGACGGACUCUCGUCAACCCCGCGAUGCGCAGGACAUCUUGUUUCGAGGAAAAGACUGGACGAUUCUGACGAGGCGUGUAACCAACAUCGUACGACACAUCAUUCGUCGGAUUAGUUGGGCUUAGGACUGUUCGUUCUCUGCCGGUCCCUCCUCGACUUUGGACGUCCAAAGCACAGCUUCCUUCCCUUUCCAUCAUCUCAGCUGUCCAUAUCCCAUCACUCAUCACGAGAGAGAGGACUUUGCUUCUCUUUUAUUCUUUCCAAUGGCUGGCCCCAAACCAACAUCAUCAUCGUCAUCAACAACGACAACAAUCCUUCUCUCAAUCCCCUUCUUGAUUGUCGCCCUCUUGCUCACUCGCGCCCCAACAUUCACCAUGACAUCCGUUGCACCUACAAAAGCCUGGGCUGACCAGCCCAUAAAGCUCAUCACCACACCGCAGUACGCGACCAAGAAGACGGACAUCUUCACCUCGGGUGCCACCCACAUGGCCCUGCUGCACAACUCCAUCUUCCGCGGCUACAACUCCAUCUACCAGCAGGCUGCUCAUGUUGCCGAUCAGGACAAGGCCGACUUUGUUGGCUACUGCUUGACCUGGUACCGCUUCGUCAAGUCUCACCAUGACGACGAGGAGCAGUCGCUGUUCCCCAAGAUCGAGGACCUCUUGCAGGACAAGACUGUCUUCGAGGAGACCCACAAGGAGCAUGAGGCAUUCCUGCCCGGUCUUGCCGAAUUCGAAAAGUACCUUGGCGGUCUCAAAAGCCCCAACGACUUCUCGGGCGACGAGCUGCUUCGCAUCAUGGGUACCUUCCAAGACUCCUUUUCCGACCACUUCCACAGCGAAAUCUCCACCAUUUCCAAGCUCUCCGAGCACGCCAACGCCCCUAAGGAGGGAACCCCCGAGCAUACAGCAGCCGUCACCACCUUCAAGACAUGGGGCAAGGCGACUGUGACAAAGGCCGGCGUGACGGACUGCGUACCCUUCUUCCUUCUCAACCUUGACCGCACGGUUGAGGACGGCAUGUGGGCAAACUGGCCCCCCAUGCCUGCUCCCAUCAAGUGGGGUUUAGUCAACAUUGCCGGUGCUCUGCACUCGGGCUGGUGGAAGUUUUCUUCUUGUGAUGCUGCUGGUCGGCCCAAGGAGUUGUGGGCUUUGCGUAAUGUUGAAAAGUUGUGAUUGAGUGCAAUCCCAUUGAUUGUGUGAGCAGCGAGGAUGACGAUGAGAUUCUAUUAGGAAUUUGGAUGAAUGAUACUAUCUAUGAGAACCACCAAGUCUAUAUGUCCACCAAGUCUACCGGUCUAGUGGGAGUCGACAUCUCUCUAAUGCAAACAAAAGUACGAGACAAGAAACUUGCUCGCUCAACGGGCUCAACUUGCGCCUGGGCGUUUUUUUCGAACAACAAUGGCCGUCGACCAUAACAAGCUCCUCGUCCACACCGACUCAGUUCAAGCUGUCUCAAGUCCAUCAGGAUAUUCAACCACCGGCUUCGGCUUAGCAGGCCAAACCAACCAAAGCACGACAACCACCAACUUCAAUCCCGACGCCAUCCACAAAGCGCCCGCGACGCCAAACGCCGUAUGCGCAAAAAACCCUCCAAAAAGCGCCCCCAAGAACAGAAACACGGGCGCGCCCACCCUUUGGUUCCUCUCGCGAUUAUGCAAUUUGAACAGGUCCGCAUCCGAAAACAAAUCGCAGUAGAUACUCGUCAAUACCACGCUCGUCAGCGCAUUGUAUCUCAACACUCUACUCGUCACGGCCUGCCCGCCGCUCUGAAACGCUAACAGCGCAAUCGGGAGCAAAACAUGCCACUCGACGUCUUCGCUAUAGUGCGGCUUGCCCGUCAUGGUAACAACCGCCGCCGCCGCCAUGGUAAAUGCAGACUGUGCCGUGAACGACACGCAGAGCACCCACCGGCGUUUUGGGGCCCAGAGGCGGUGGAACCGACUAAACAAGAACGAGCCAAGGCAAAAGGCAGCAAGGGAUGUGACGGAUUUUAUUAAGCGUGCGGAUUCGUUAGGAGCAGCCAGGCCGAGACCGGCAUAGACUGUGUUGCCGGUUUGCAUGGAGACAAAGGAGCCCCAGAUGGAGAUGGAGGAGGAGUCCAGCAGGCCCGUGAUCAGGUAGCAGAUUAUGAGAAUCACGUCGGCGUAGCUGCGAUCGAUGUCGGUGGUGAGGUGGCGGCGCCAUCGCGAUGAUGGGGGGGCCGUCCCUAGUGAGACCUUGGGGAAGCCUGGCAGGUCGGGCGUCCUGGUGCCUGUUGGCAUCUGGUCGCUUGGGUGUAGCAGCGGUUCGAUUUCAGAGUUGUUGAGGAUGGUGGUAUUGUGAGGGCCAUUGGUGUUGUUGUUGUUGAUGGUGCCAUAGCAAGACGAGUUCACGGUUGGAGGAUACAUUUUUGCCGGGUAUUUUUACCCGUCGUGGGGAGUGAGGUGGUGACAACAAUGAGUGAGUCAGAAUUGGCGUCAAAUAACGCAAUCGAUUAGGGCGAUUAUGGGAUAGCUCCGCUGUACGUAAAAAGCCAAGGCUUGUUUUGUUUUAGUUCCGUCUUCUUGGUCGUUUGGUGAGGUCCACGAUGAUGGAAAUCCGGCACGGCCCGUCGAUGAGUGUCGAUGAUCUUGAUUUAUUCUGGAAAACAAUCGAGGGACGGGAAAGGCCAAAAACAACGAACGGGAUGGCCGGGAGAAAUUCACCGCAUCUUCAUCCCGUCCAAUCUCGUUUCCGUUCGGAAGGUCCCGGGAUCGGAUGGAUGAGACGGAAUGGCACAUUGUAACAUUGCG